CACGUAUCGAUUCCGAUUACCUCCCCCUUUUUCUUUUACGACCCCUACGCCUCAGAAAAGUUGGAAUAUUUUCGGCCAAUUGCUAUCAAAAAUGGCUCCCGCAUCAUUGGAAAGAGAAGAUCACCAGCGCGAUGCGGACUUCAACGUUGCCAUGCACGGCAAGUCCUCGCAAGCCCGUGGCGGUAUGGCCGCCAUGCGCGCCAAAGAUUCCGCGGCGCAAAAGGCUGCCGUUGACGAGUACUUCAAGCACUGGGAUAACAAGGAGGCGGAGACGGAGACUGAGGAGAUCCGUGCUGCUCGUCGCGCUGAAUAUGCUACCCUGACCAGACACUACUACAACCUGGCGACUGAUCUCUACGAGAACGGAUGGGGUGGUUCCUUCCACUUCUGCCGUUUCGCGUACGGCGAGCCCUUCCAUCAGGCCAUUGCCCGCCAUGAGCACUACCUCGCCCACCAGAUUGGAAUCAAGGAGGGCAUGAAGGUGCUAGAUGUCGGCUGUGGCGUUGGCGGCCCCGCCCGCGAGAUUGUCAAGUUCACCGGUGCCAGUGUUGUCGGUCUGAACAACAACGACUACCAGAUCCAGCGUGCCACGUCGUAUGCUGCUCGCGAUGGUCUGACCGACAAGCUGAGCUUUGUCAAGGGUGACUUUAUGCAGAUGAAGUUCCCCGACAACUCCUUUGAUGCCGUCUACGCUAUCGAGGCCACCGUCCAUGCCCCCGAGCUGGAGGGCGUCUACCGGGAAAUCUUCCGUGUUUUGAAGCCCGGUGGUAUCUUUGGUGUCUAUGAGUGGCUCAUGACUGAUGAGUAUGACAAUGACAAUGCGGACCACCGCAGGGUGCGUCUGGGCAUCGAGCAGGGUGAUGGAAUUUCCAACAUGGUGAAAAUUUCCGAAGGUCUGCAGGCCAUCCGCGGCGCGGGAUUCGAGCUUCUUCACCACGAGGAUCUUGCUGAUCGCAACGACACCGUCCCCUGGUACUACCCUCUGGCCGGUUCCUUCAAGCACAUGCAGUCUCCCUGGGAUUUCUUUACCAUCGCUCGCAUGACAUGGUGGGGCCGUGGCCUCGUCCACAAGUUCGUCGGCGCCAUGGAGACCCUCCGACUCUUUCCUCACGGCACCCAGAAGACGGCUGACAGCUUGGCUCUGGCUGCCGACUGUCUCGUUGAGGGAGGUGAGAAGCAUCUCUUCACCCCGAUGUACCUCAUGGUUGGGCGUAAGCCGGAGUAAUCUUCCAUGGGGUGGGAUGUUGUUUUCUCCUUUUUCCUCCUUUUUUUUUCGCCGGUCUUGUUAUUUUCGCUUCAUUUUUCUUAUGUAAUACAGAUUUUCCUUUGUUGCCUCCUUUUUUUCCUUUGUCAUCCUGCAUGCCAUGUCGGCGUGAUGUAUGUUUCGACUGUAUUUUUUUAUUUGGCCAUCAUGUCUUUGCUCCUCGGAGCAUCUCAAACGAGUCACUGGAGAAAUAUGGAGCUGAUGAUAUUGACUUUUCUUCGACUGCUACAUCUUAACCAUGAUAGAUAUUUUAAUUGA